AUGAAUAAUACCACAACUUCGGAUUACAGUUGCGAAAGCGAGUCGGGAUGGACUACGUACUGGGCUCAACUAUCCAAUUCCAUUGAUUCAAAUUACAACGAAAAAAUAUCAGCACACAAUAUUGUGAAUGAGUAUAUUGAUGUUGAUGAUGAUAAUCUAUCCAUGCUUUCAGAUGCAUCAUCAGGGCCCAGACCAAAUAUAAACGAAGACCAUUUUUCUUCGUUUUCCGGAGGCGGCGUUGGGGACGAAAGAGGCAGUAACAGAAUUUGGGCCCAGAGAGAGGCCAUUUGGAAUUUAGACAUCACGUGGUAUGCUGAAUAUUAA